AUGACGAUUCCUGCUCUGCCAACACGCGAGCUCGUCGUUGACCUCAUCGUCGGCGAGCGAGAGGCAGUUGCCGACCAGGUCGUGGCUGUAUCCGCCGCUCUAUGGGACCAUCUACACCAUUCGAGCUCGAACGUUUCGUCUGCGUCAACUUCAACCCAUGCCUCGUCCGAAAGGAUCGCAGUUAGCUUGCGGCCAUCGUCGGGACGACCGUUGCGGCCAUCCAAUCUUCCUGCGUGGGUAGUAUAUGCCGUCAAAAGCAGCCGGAAUGACGCGGGACUCUGGCUUGAGGCUUCAAAGCACAUCAUACCCUCCUUGGCCUCCUCAUCCCGCGCUUACCGGUCCGAGCAAGGCAAGCGCGUCUGCGUUGAAGCACAUACACUCGUCCAUGGCUCCCUUGUGUACCUGCAAGCGACAUCACAAGCAAGCUACGAUGCGGCAAACGAGCACCAGGACGAGCUGGUUCGACAGCUCAGUGGUAAGAUCCUCCGGCAAGGACAUCUCGUCCGCCCGCAGCUCCGUGCUUCGGUCGUUCCCCUUCGAGUCGUCAUGCUCGAACCUCUUCUGCAAGCUGCAUUCGUCGCAGACUCCACCGACGUUCUCCUCACGCUGCAGGGCGAUGGCAGCGACGCAGACAUGGCCGACAGCUCCAUGAUGUGGAGCGUCUCGGAGGACUCUUUCUCGAUUGCAUCCGCAAGCGAGGUAGGCAUAGCGGUCAACGAUGGCUCGGACAGCGCCGACGAGCUCCAAGAUGAGGACGAGCUCGAGAUCGAUGAACGUUUUCUCGCCCAAACAGUCUUGCAAGAUUUUUCCAAUCUCGACAUCUCCAUCGAUCCACCUGCGGAUGGUAACGCCGCACUCGUCCCAUCGCAUCGGUCCAAAGACGUCAGCCGAGUGAAAAGGUGUACACUGCAACAGCUUUCAGACCCUUCCUCGCUGGUAGCAGCCAUCUCUCACUGGCACACGCAAGCUAGCGGCGCUUCCGAAGCGUCAACUAUCAUCGGCACAGCACAGGACAACAUUGACGAGGAGAACGUGGUGCUGGCCACAGAGCGCGAUAUGGCAUCUCUUGGUGCAUUCAAUGGAGAUUGGCUGGCAGCCAGCGCACUCGGCGAAUCGAGGACAAGGCUGGUGCGCAUCCUCUCCAGUCAGAGCCUGCCUUCAUCUACAGACGGCUCCUUAGCACUGUGGAUGUCACCCAUUCUCGCGCAAAACAUCCUCGGAGAUCAGGUGUUCUCCAGUUCGCCUCUGAGCGUCGUGCUCCGGGUGCUUGCAUCGCGACCACCGACACAACAGCAGGACGUAUCGGCGCUGGUGAGAUCCUGUCCCGUGCCCGUGCCCUUCGCCGAGAGUCUCCGCAUCGCUCGCGUUGCAGGACCAUUGAGCGUAGACCGCGCAUACCAGGGCCUCUUCCUCGACGCUCUACGCACCUUCUUCGAGGAUCGAAGACGCAUCUGUCGAAACGGCGACGUCAUCGCCGUCGCCAUCGAAGCCAGCAAAGCUCGCUUCGUCAGCAGGGAUGCCGAGCAGGACGGCAAUACAGACUCAACACCGGACGACAUUCACGAACUCAAGCUUCCAUCCAGUUCCGGAGCAGCCAAGACCGCUACGGUCUACUUCAAAGUGACCGACUUGCGAUGCGAGCUGGUUGCGCCCGAUACCGCAGCGGCGAACCAGCACAAGGACGAAGCGAUCGGUGCGCUCGCGUUGCAAUCGCAGGUCGGCGAGCUCGGGUGCAUCGUUGAUCCGAAUGUGACAAAGAUGGUGCAAACGGGCGUGGAACAGUGUCGCGUUGCCAACUGCGAUCGCUGGCUGGGCGUCUCUUCCGACACGCCUAGCUUGCCCACGGACGCGACGUCUUCGGAGCUGCGAACACUUGUGGCUCCGCUCGUAGCACCCUCGAGCGCCUAUGGGACCCUCUCGUCGUUGCUCACUGCGACGUUGCAGAGUAACGCGAGCCGAUUCGGGCUGCAUCUGAGCGUGCUGCUCAAAGGCGCGCGAGGCUGUGGCAAAAAGACGGUGACGCGGUGGGUCGCCAAGGCUGCCGGUGUGCAACUGGUCGAAUUGGACUGCUUCGAUGUGAUCUCGGACACGGAUGUGCGCACCGAGGGCAUCCUGCGAGCCCGCUUCCAGAAAGCAGCCGAGUGCGCACCUUGCAUCUUUUUGCUGCGAAACAUUGAAGCUCUCGCAAGAAAAAGCCAGGCGCUCGAGACAGGCCAAGAGCCUCCUCUAGCCACUGCGCUGCAGAACUGCUUCGAGGAGCUCUGGAAUGUCACCAAACAGCAAGGCGAUGGACAGGCGAGCAUGCCCGUAGCUGUCUUUGGUACCACUAGCGACCCGGACAAGUGUCCCUCUGGUGUGCUUGGAUGCUUUAAGCACGAGGUGACGUUCAAUGCACCCAACGAAGCUGAAAGACGCGCCAUGCUCGAGAUCACGAUGAAGGAUUCCAUCUUGGGCCCCGACGUCGACCUCAAGAACCUCGCUACGCAGACGGCGGCACUGGUGGCUGCAGAUCUGGUCAACCUUGCUUCGAGGUCCAAGCUGAUGUCUGUCAGCCGUGUACGCAAAUCGCUUCCCACAUCAGCAUCUGUCAUCUCGGAUCGCGAUUUGUACCUCGCCGGACUCGCCAUCACAGGUGCCGAUGUAGAUGAAGCGCUGAACAAAGCGCGCUCGAGCUACUCGGAAUCCAUCGGAGCGCCCAAGAUUCCCAACGUGACAUGGGACGAUGUGGGAGGACUCGCUUCUGUUAAAUCCGACAUUCUCGAUACCAUCCAACUGCCACUCGAACAUCCCGAACUUUUCAGCGACGGUCUGAAGAAACGGUCGGGUAUCCUACUCUACGGACCACCAGGAACAGGAAAAACGCUGCUGGCCAAAGCCGUUGCGACCUCUUGCUCUCUCAACUUCUUCUCUGUCAAAGGACCGGAACUGCUCAACAUGUACAUCGGUGAAUCGGAGGCCAACGUUCGACGAGUGUUCCAGCGAGCAAGAGAUGCCAAACCUUGCGUCAUCUUUUUCGACGAACUGGACUCCGUUGCGCCGAAACGUGGUAAUCAAGGAGACAGUGGCGGUGUCAUGGAUCGAAUCGUCUCGCAGCUUCUCGCUGAAUUGGACGGUAUGGCCGGCUCAUCGGAAGGAAGCGACGUCUUCGUGAUCGGCGCUACGAAUCGACCGGACCUGCUCGAUCCAGCGUUGCUACGACCGGGACGGUUCGAUCGAAUGCUCUACCUCUCCGUCAGCGAAACUCACGCUGCCCAACUGAACAUCCUGCAGGCUCUCACGAGAAAGUUCAAACUCGACCCGGACGUAGGAGAUCUCAGCAUCAUCGCCGAACAGUGUCCGUUCAACCUGACGGGAGCCGAUUUCUACGCACUCUGCUCGGACGCAAUGUUGAAAGCUAUGACGCGCAAGGCGAGCGAAGUGGAUGAAAAGAUUCAAAGGAUCAACGAGCAAGGAGGCAAGAAGGAUCAUCCACACCCGUUGACCGCCCAGUACUACUUGGCCGAGAUGGCGAGCAAGGAGGAGAUCGAAGUGAAGGUGGGCAGGAAAGACUUUGAAGGUGCGUUGAGGGAGUUGACCCCUUCGGUGAGCGAACAGGAGAUGCAGCAUUACCGCGAGGUUCAGGCGAAAUUCUCCAGUCCGAAGAAGGAAGAUGACACGAAAAAGGAGGAGCAGAAGGGGAACGGACUGGUGGAUGAGGAAACGUUACUGGAGGCGAUGAAGGCUGCACGGGGACUGAAUGGUAAUGCUGGUGGGCUCCGGCAGUUGAUGGCAGCUGCUAAUGGCGAGACAGCCGCCGAUGGCGAUGAUUCUGUGGCUGCAGUCGAGGGCUAUGCUGUUGACGGUGAUGCCGGGAAGGCAGACGAGGCGGCGGCAGCUAGGCGUGCAGCCAAGGGCAAAGGAAAAGCUGUUUGA